CUACAGGACGUUUGCGACAGCAACAGUAACGCUGGCCACCAGACAUGACAAGGACACAGCUGCUCACCUUACUCAGUGUGCUUCUAGGUGUUUUUGCGCUAAGUGAGGGAAACCGAAGAGGACACUGUCAAGAGUUCUGUCCAGCUAUUGUCGACCCAGUAUGCGCAGUAGAAUCAGGAAAACCUGAUGGCGAGAGGCCGUUUGACAAUGACUGCUUGAGAAGGCAAUACAACUGCCUUAAUAACGUUCCUGCUGCACGCCCAAUGGGGGGAGGUAAUGAUGGGCAGGAAAGGGGCCAGCCCUGUGCCCUUUCCUUCGCGAGGCCUGGCAAUAGGCGUUGUGGGGCUUCCAUCAUUCUUCGCCUGAAGUUAAAAGCAGGCAUAUUCCGGUGUAAGCCAACCCUGGUGGACGACGCCGAGCAGUGGUUUGCCGUCUGCAGUCAAAUCCUUCUGAUAUUUGACCAACAUGCACAGAUCAUCCGAGACUUCAAACGGGUGCGCGAGAUUGGCCAUGGUGGUAUGGGGCAGAACACACUACGUGAGCCAGUCGACACAGGUGUUGAUGUUGACCUUGAGGCACUGACGACUUGAAGGGGGUAGAAGGAUGUACGUACAGCACCAUCUUCGAGCUCGAUCGACACCAUCCCACCAUCAAUUAUACUCAGGGACUCAGGGUCGUGUCUUUCGCAACUUCAUCUACCUUAUUCUCUGUGGUGGAUUGUUCUAGUGAAACUUGUUCCCAACAAAUGUCAAAAAUAUUAAACUUGGUGACCACUUUAUAUGUCAAACAUGCAUUUAAAAUUAAUAACAGAGGCUUACUAUAUCAUCAUCAGGGUCCUGCGUCGCAUUUCCCUCAGGAGCAGUUUUGGAAAGUAGUUGAUUAAUGCAAUUUUCCUCUCAAACCGGAACAUUUUUCAUUGGUAUUUUAUUCCCAGUGGGAGCUUUGGCCAUGUUGUUGUGCUGGUUUUUUCAUUUACAUUCAUUUUUCCAAUCGGUGUAACACUAAGGAAAAACACAAUACCAUUCAGUUCUGUUGAGCUGUUUCUUAUGCGAAGUGUUAACAUUUAAUUCACAACUCUCACCUUCAUCCACAGCUGCCAUGUUUUAGUAGCCCCUGGCAUAGCGUUGAGAAUGCUUGUUAGUUGCUCCCAAGUUUCUACCUUCGCUUUCUCAUCGACACUUGAAACCUACAAGCACGGAGUUCGUGGAGUCUCCGUAUAAACCCGUAGUUCCAGGCAGCUCCAUACAGACACGCAGUUCAGCGGGUCCCCGUAUAACGUCGUAAGUGCUUGAAAGUCACUUGUGAGAUGUAGCGCUUCGAAGUUUUGGAUUUACAUUGCGCCUUAUGGGCGGCUGAAAUUUUGUCGAUAUCUCUACUGGUGCGGACUGGGGACUUGGAGAUAAUGGAGUUGAUGUGCUGGUUUCGAAAUCUCUUAUUUAUUCUGAGAGCGGCAAAUAUUUUCCUGAAAAAGCAUCGAUUACCAUAGAAAAAUAAAAAAAAAAUUGCCACUGGAUCUAUAGGCUUCUCAUGAUUUUCUUCACUGUCGACAUCUCACGGGCUCUUGGGCAACAGUCAGUGUUGUGCAUAAUGUCAUCAUCAACUUUUUGCACCGAAUAAUUGAGUGCAUCUUGAUUGUCGCCUAGUCAUCAGGCAAAAUAUUGUGCACGCUUACCUGUUGCACUCUGUUGGCGGGAUGCUCGAUGAAACCACCCCACUGGUCGGACUUCUGAGAGGGAUCAGCGACAGGUGCAGGGAGUUGAAAGAUGCAGAAAAUAACCAUUCAGGCCCUCUUCCGCAGGGCAACGAGGUAGGAACGAGAUGACAUUUUCGUGGUUGCAACAGAUAAGUACCAAGUCGACCCUCCCUACGUACAAGUGGCUAUCUUUUUGGGCGUGGCAGACAAAAGGCUAUCUUUUUGAGCUUGGCAGACAAACGGCUAACUGCUUUUCCCACCUCGCGACUUUGGGUUCUAAUAUCUCACAGUAGACGUUAUGAAACACUAUGAGCGUUUAACCAAUUAUUCUUUGCGGUUGUCAAAGCAGGAAAUUUCUUACCCGGUAAUUUUAUGUCUCUUGCUUCGGGAGUUAUUCAAUAUAAAAGUGGACAACCCUAACCUCAAAGAAAAGCAGAUAGCCGUUUGUCUGCCAAGCUCAAAAAGAUAGCCGUUUGUCUGCCACGCUCAAAAAGAUAGCCGCUUGUGCGUAGGGAGGGUCGAAGUGUUACAAGCCCUGCUAACACAUUGUUUUGUUUAGAAACGAAUAAAGAUUGUUAUUCCAUCAAAUAUUAUUACUUUUGUACUUAUGUACCAGCUGUCAUCAAUCACAACGGUCUUUUUUUGUUCCAGUGAAACCUCAGAUGUAGGAGCCAGUUGCAGCAAGCCGCAGCACUCUGUGAUGUUGUCAUCAUCUGGGACACAGGAAUACUGUGAUUGCCCACAGCGGGACUCACCGCUAGCACAGCGUAGAACACGGGGCGGGGCAGUUCCCCUUCUCACCCUGGGGCUGCGUUCCGGAUAGAACCGCCUGUGCUGUCCAGAUAUGCCGUCCCGCUCAGUGGCGCCUGUUCCUUUAGCAAUGCCAUCUGUUUUUCCGACGACCAAGCGUUGGCAGAAUAUAGGGAAGUUGUGAAACAGCACACACAAUGAGGGCAACGCCUGGUGCACUAGGCAUCCCAUGCUACUCGAGCUGACUGGGUGCAGGCGUGCAGGCGAGGAGGUGGGUAGGGUACUAAGCCCUUCCCCCCUUCCUUCAGUCAAAGAAAAUCUGGGCAAGUACGCUCUGAGAGCGUUUGGCUUAUUGGGGCCUUGGGUGGGCAACCUCAUGGCAAACUUAGGGUCAAGACCCUGGCAGAGCCCUCGCGUCGUUUGGGCCGAUGGGCGCUGCCAGUCGCUAGCGAUGCAAGGAGGUGCCGCAGGUCGGUUCACGACCCUCUCCUCGUGAGGAUAGCCGCCGGGCACUCGUGGGUGACUUUGCGCAUUUCGUUUGCUAGCAUCUGACACACCCACGCCCACGUGUACGUGUUGCGACCAGGGUUGGGCACGCUACUUUCAAAAUGUAACGAUUAACGCUAUCGUUACUUCGGACGAAAAGUAAUCGCUAUCGCUAUCGUUACUGACCGUCAGAAUUGUA